AUGAAGGGUGAUCGUUCGAGACAAAACAUUGCUGUGACGAAGAAGGCAAAGUCAAAAAAAAAUGAGGAGCCAAAGAAGGCUCUGAAGACUGCCGCGUUCGAAAAAGGUGAGGGGUCCAAGCGCUAUUCCUUGUGGAAUUUCUGGAUAAGCACAUUGUUUUUGAAAUUGCUAUUGAUCCCAGACUAUUUUAGUACCGAUUUUGACGUACAUAGAAAUUGGUUGGCAAUCACUAAUAAAUUGCCUAUUAGUGAAUGGUAUUACGAGCAUACUAGUCAAUGGACGUUAGACUAUCCUCCAUUUUUUGCCUAUUUUGAAUGGUUUCUAUCGCAAUUUGUUCCUAAAGUUGUUCGUGAUGAUGGUUGUUUGGAUAUCGUAGAGGUAGGAAAGUUUGGUUUACCAACUAUUGUCUUCCAAAGACUUACUGUCAUCUUCAGUGAAAUUCUACUAUACGCUGUCCUUCAAAUAUACAUUAAUACAACAAAACUAAGUGAACGAUCUCAAAGUUUUGUUGUCGCUUCUAGCAUAGUUCUAUCACCUGGAUUUUUAAUGAUAGAUCACAUACACUUCCAAUAUAAUGGUUUCCUCUUUGCCAUUCUAAUAGGUUCCAUUGUUGCUGCCAAAAAUAAAAAAUACCUGCUGUGUGCCUUUCUGUAUACCACUGCUAUAUGUUUCAAGCAUAUAUUCUUAUAUUUAGCUCCAUGCUAUUUUGUGUUCCUUUUGAGAGCAUACGUUCUCAAUGUCAACAAUUUUAAAUUUAAAAGUUACAAAGAUUUUUUGUUUUUAAUUAGGUGGGCUAAUCUUUUUAAAUUAGGUAGCAUUGUCAUUGGGAUAUUCACUAUUUGCUUCGUACCGUUUGCUCAUCAAAUGCCGCAAGUGCUGAGUAGACUAUUCCCGUUUUCAAGAGGAUUAACGCACGCAUAUUGGGCACCAAACUUCUGGGCAUUGUAUUCAUUUAUGGAUAAGAUACUUACUACAGUAAUGCUCAAAUUGCCGUACGUCCAUACUUUUGCCACAAAGUUCAUCAAACCGCCCCUAAUACCUCAGAAUAUCAAAGAGAUUAAUGAAAGGCUUGCGGCAAACAAUAACGGAAGUAAAGGGCUAGUUCAGGACGUAUUUUUUGUUAUUCUCCCUCAAAUUCCUCCAAAAUUGACGUUUAUUUUAACCUUAUUCUACCAGAAUUUAGCAGUACUUCCUCUUUUGUUUGACCCAUCAUUUAAAAGAUUUGUUGGCUCAUUAACUCUUUGUGGCUUGGCUUCAUUUUUAUUUGGAUGGCAUGUGCAUGAAAAGGCUAUAAUGUUAGUCAUCAUUCCGUUCACGUUUCUUGUUGGAUUUGAUCGUCGUCUUUUGGUUCCUUUUAUGCUUGUUGCCUCUGCAGGUUAUGUUUCUUUGUACCCGCUUCUUUACAAGGGUCAAGAUUAUUUCAUCAAAACGUUAUACACAUACGUUUGGUUCAUAAUUUAUUUUGCGGCUUUUAGGAAAACUACAAAGAUUUCUUCAAGUGUGGAAAGAAGAAUUUUUUUCUUGGAUCGAUUGGCAUUAACUUACAUCUUUUCAUUAUUACCUAUGGUAACCGUAUUACAAAUACUAGACAAAGUCAAAUGGAGGUAUUCAUUUUUACAAAAAUUUGAAUUUUUAGGAUUGAUGAUAUAUAGUGUCUAUUGUUCAUUAGGUAUAAUCAGCUCAUGGUUUGCCCUGUCGUGGUUGUAUAAUUUUGACGAAUUACUAUGGCAGUGA